ACGGCGGAGGCGCCGGUGCGCGGCGGCGGGGGGCGGGCGCCGGCACUCGGAGUUGGCCGCCGCCGCCGCGCAGAGCCGCCGCCGGGCCUGAGGCCGAGCAGCCGCCGCCAUGCCCUCGGAGAAGAGCUUCAAGCAGCGCCGCACCUUCGAGCAAAGAGUGGAAGAUGUACGACUGAUCCGAGAUCAGCAUCCAACUAAAAUACCAGUGAUCAUUGAAAGGUACAAGGGAGAGAAGCAGCUUCCAGUUUUGGAUAAGACCAAGUUCCUGGUGCCAGAUCAUGUCAACAUGAGCGAGCUAAUCAAAAUUAUCAGGCGACGCCUGCAGCUGAACUCCAACCAGGCCUUCUUCCUCCUGGUGAACGGACACAGCAUGGUGAGCGUUUCCACACCCAUAUCCGAGGUGUACGAGAGCGAGAAGGACGAGGACGGCUUCCUGUACAUGGUGUACGCCUCUCAGGAGACUUUCGGAAUGCAAUCUUCCGUCUAAAACACGCAAGCGGCUUCUAGCCUAGGAUUUUGGUUUACCCUUGGCCAUCACCCCCACUCCUCCCCACACGCACCCCAGGGAAAGAAACGGAUGUCACCUACGCUCUCAGUACCUUAGCAUAGUCUUGCUUUAGCAGGUGUCUCAUCUUACCUUGCCUUGUUUGUGACUAUUAAACAGUACAGACGAGCACCUCCGGCUUUGAAACCUGCUGUAAUACUCCACACAGGCACAUUUACAUUUCUGGACUUUAUGAAUGGAACCCAAUUGUGCAUGUGACAAUUGCAAAUAAAGGGACAGUCGAUUGACUUUAAAAAGCAAACAGGCACCAGGGAGGAGCUAAAGUGUUUCGUGUGACAGUUUUCUGGAAAAUCUCCCUAUGAUUCCUUAAAGCUUUGGGGUUUUUUUGGGGCUUUUCUUAAUAAAAUGGGAAGGCUUCUCAUGAGAGCGAAUAAGUUUUAACACGUUCCAAAGCAGAGCUUUGUCUUCUGCAGCUCGAUCAGACUCGGGUCAGCGCUGCAGUGAGUUAAGGCGAGCGCUUGGGGUGAGCUGGGGGAGUACAACUCUUUUUUUUUUUUUUUUUUUUGUCACCGUUUUUUUGUGCCGCCGCCAACUUAGGAACGGCGCCAGUUUCUGAAAUACUCAUACCAAACACCACAGCUUUAUUGUAGUUUUAGGAAGUGUUGAACUGUAAAAUACAACACCCGGACAGGUAACAUUAAAUAAACUCCAGUCUGUUAUGAAUUUCCAAUCCCUGUGUGUUCGGUGAACCACUGCCGUCGAGAUGAGCUCGCUUCCAAAAGAUCCUCCCCCUCGCCAAGCCCGGAGGUUUUGCGGGUCCCUCCCACGGGCAGGGUCCGUGGGGAGGGGGUGGGCGCGGGGCCGGCCGCCAGCACAGGGGCGCAGCGCCCGCGUUUGGGGCUCGGGAACCACCGCCCGUCCUCGGUGUCCCCAGCUUUUAUCGGAGGCACCUCCUGAACCGCGCCGCCGGAAUCCCCAACCCGCCGGGGGUUUGCGUGGUCCCACCGAGGGGCUGGGGGGGGUUAGUCGGGGAGAACCGCUUUGAGAAGCGGCUCACGUCCAGGAGUUGCUGUCGGGAGUUGACGAACAAAUUGUUUUUAUUUUCUUUUUUCCAUCACUGAAGCCUCCUGCCACUUGCACGGGGUUUGGAAGGUCUCAGAGUCGCUACUGUCCUGAGCAGGGAGGAGCCUGUGCAGAGGAAGGGUCCCUUAUCAUGCAGGACCUCUGGUUUUCCUCUCGAGUCGUUAAGUGUAGCAGGAUGAGUUUUUUCUUGUAUAUUAUGUGUCUGUGAACUAACUACAGCUGUUACUGGAAGCUAACUUACUAUAACAGGGGGAGAAAGAAGCAAUACUACUGCGUCUCGGCACUCUAGCUCAAUAAGGUGUACACAAUUUGUACCUACCUACACCUCUCUGCAUGCAUCUCGUUCACCACGCUUCCUUCAGAUUUUUUUAUUGGUCUUUGUGUUUUUACUCCCAACGUAAACUUUUAAGCGCAGCUUGUUCUAUGUUUAGUUUUGUCCGUGUAAGAAAUUGUUUAACUCAUAACUGACAACCAUACUUGUAAUUACGACGUGAUUGACUUGAUAUUCCUGUACAAAUGUUGCUUUUUUAAAAUUAAUACAGUGCUGAUAUGGAUGGAUUACAUCCCAACUUCA